AUGGAGGCCUCAGAUGCUGCCAUUUCAGUUAUCGUUUUUGUCCGACAUAGAGCAGCGUCUGUAGUAUUUGAUCCUAGAUCCACUUAUUCGUAUGUGUCUAUAUAUCAUGCUGUUGGUUGGGACUUGACUUGUGAUAGCAUAACGGUACCUAUUCAUGUUUCUACUCCAGUCGGAGUGUAUUUCAAGAGUAGAGAGGAGCAUGAGAGACAUCUUCGCACUGUACUUGGGUUUUUCAAGAAGAAUAAUUUGUUUGCUAAUUUUUCGAAGUGCGAGUUAUGGUUGGAUUUUGUGGCAUUCUUGGGCCACGUUCUGUCUAAGGACGGGAUCAUGGUUGAUCCUCAGAAGAUUGAUGCUGUGAGGAAUUGGGCAAGGCCCACUACUGUGAUCAAGAUUCGUAGUUUCGUGGGGUUGGCCGAUUCUUACUACCGCCAAUUUUUGAAGGGUUUCACUUCUAUUGCUUUGUCGUUGAGCAGAUUGAUUCAGAAGGAUGUUCCAUUCUAG